GUCAACAGCGCCACAUUAUGUGAGACAGUAUCAAGUCAGGAACUAGUUCGCAUUUCAUUUUGGGGAGCACCAUUGGACUAUACACAUCAGAACCAUAGCAAGAGGAUCGUUUUUUAGAUUUACAGAAGGAGUUGCCCGGAAACUAUGUCGACUUGAAUGUCACUUUUGUAACUUUUUUUUUCAAAUCAUGUAUGUGGGAUACCUCUUGGAUAAAGAAGGCAGCAUGUAUCACCAAGGACCUGUAAGACGAUCGGGAAUCAACAUCCCACCACAGAACUUUGUUUCCACGCCACAAUAUUCCGACUUUACUGGAUACCAUCAUGUGCCAAACAUGGAUACUCAUACACAGUCUUCGGGGGCUUGGGGAGCUCCUUAUGUCGCACCGAGGGAGGACUGGGGCGCCUAUAGUCUGGGGCCUCCUAACACUAAUCCUACGCCCAUGAACAACUCCUCGCCGGGACAAGUUUCCUAUUGCUCACCUGAAUACAAUCCCAUGCACGCGCCAGGGUCAGCAGUAUUGCAACCACCUACAGAUAAUAUUUCUGUUGCUCAACUUUCCCCGGAUAGAGAAAGGCGCAAUUCUUCUUACCAGUGGAUGAGCAAAACGGUACAAUCAUCUUCUACCGGCAAAACAAGAACGAAGGAGAAAUACAGAGUGGUUUACACCGAUCACCAGAGACUGGAACUGGAGAAGGAAUUCCAUUUUAAUCGUUACAUCACUAUCAGAAGAAAGUCAGAACUUGCGGGGAACCUUGGCCUUUCAGAACGACAGGUGAAGAUCUGGUUUCAAAAUCGCAGAGCCAAGGAGAGGAAAUUAAUCAAAAAGAAAAUGGGAUCUGAUGGCAGUGGAGGAUCAGUGCACAGUGACCCGGGUUCAGUGAGUCCUCUGCCCGUACCAGGCUCACUCAGUCCGUCGGAUAUUCACGGCUCUCUCUACCCACCCCCCGGAAUGAACAACUUGCCAUCUAUUAGGAACAUACAGCAGGUUACUGUCACUCAGUAGAAUCGAAUUUAGACCAUCCAACAUAACUGAGCACUCCAACACGCUGAAAGGACCGUUCCUCAAGACUUGGAUUCCAAUGGAUUAUUCAAACGUCCUGAAGAACAUGUUGUGGAUUAGGAGAUUUCGAGAAACAAGAUGAUUUAUAACUGCAACGAAAUGCUGGAGGCUCUUGAAAUAUUGUUUUUAUAGAAUAGUUCUAAUAAUUAAAAAAAACAUACAAAAAUCAACAUAUGGUUCAGACAUGUAAUGCUUAAAUUGUUUGUUUGUGUCUGAGUUAUUGAGAUAUAAAUAUAAUUUUCUGUAGACUAUGUAAUGAAGUGUAUAAGUGUUUGUAAAUAAAAUAAAAAAUCAGGUACAUUUUAUUUGAAGUUUAUCUGGAAUGAAAGGGAUAUCAUUAAUUUGGAGCUUUUAUAAUGGCUUGACAAACUAUGCAUUUUCUGCUCCAAUUUGAUUGCAAUUUUCUGCUCCAAUUUGAUUGCAAAGCACACUUUCGUAACUUUUUUCUACAGGGACAAGUGGAUCAGGUUUUAAGUGAGAUACGGGUAGAACAUUUGUUUGAUGUUCAAAAUGUAAAUAAAAUGUGUUUUAACGUUA